CCCAGCGCGGCCAAUGGCGGGGGGGCAGGCUGGCGCGGGGGCGGCGCUGAUAGAGCGCGCGGAGCCCGGGGAGUUUCUUCGCCGGGCGCUGCAAAAUCGGCGGCGGCUUCGGAGCUCGGGCGGCGCCGGGCGCAGCCAGAGAAGGAAACCUGAGUAGCCAGAGCAGUGUAAUUCAUCCUCCAGUGAUAUCCUGACCUGUACCGCAGGGAUGUGUGGCAGGACAUGGGGCAGCUGAUGGGAGCAGGUAUUUCAUGGAGAGGUUCCUUCAUGCCAUGUGCUGUCUGUGAAUGACAGCAUCGCAGCUCUCUGCAGUGCCAUCUGAGACCAUACAGGCUGGACACAGCGAUGGGGGACUCUCCAACAAAUGCCAUCGAUGUGGGCACAGGCACGUGCUGCAAAGACACGCAGACCGAACUGGCAGAGCGGGUGGCAGCCAUAGAUGUGGCUGUUGGCCCAGACAGAAGUGACCAAAAUGGUGAAGAAAACAAUGAAGAAAAUGACACAGUCUUUUCUGAUAAUAUAAAGGACAUCCAAAGAAAUGGAGUCAACAGUGACAUGGGAAUUAAUGAAUUUCUGCCUUCUGAACGGUCGCAAGAUACUCACUUGAGGCAUGUUCCCAAGAGACCUCUCACUAGACCUGUCUUAUCAAGUAGGAAGUUGUCUCUUCAGGAAAGAUCAUCAGGAGGUUAUUUGACCUCUAGCAACACUCCGGGUUGUGGUCCUUAUGCCACAGGGCCAUCGCCACGUAUAGUGAGGAGACCAACGAUAGAGUCCAAUCGGGUCUCCAUAUCGGAUUCUGAGGACUGUGUGCAAUUAAACCAGUACAAGCUGCAGAGUGAAAUAGGCAAGGGUUCCUACGGUGUUGUGAAACUGGCCUACAACGAGAAUGAUGACAAGUAUUAUGCUAUGAAAGUUCUCUCCAAAAAGAAGCUCUUGAAGCAGUAUGGAUUUCCACGUCGGCCUCCUCCCAGAGGGUCAAAAGCAUCCUCCGGAGAGCAGUCAAAACCCAUGGCACCACUGGACAGAGUCUAUCAGGAAAUAGCCAUCUUGAAGAAACUGGACCACAUCAACAUCGUUAAGCUGAUAGAGGUCCUUGAUGAUCCAGCAGAGGACAACUUGUACAUGGUGUUUGACCUCCUGAGGAAAGGGCCUGUCAUGGAGGUGCCAAGUGACCAGCCCUUCAGCGAGGAGCAGGCUCGGCUCUACUUCCGAGACAUCGUCUUGGGCAUUGAGUACUUGCACUACCAGAAGAUCGUUCACCGGGACAUCAAGCCUUCCAACUUGCUCUUAGGAGAUGAUGGGCAUGUCAAAAUUGCUGAUUUUGGAGUCAGCAAUCAAUUUGAAGGGAAUGAUGCUCAGCUUUCCAGCACGGCAGGGACACCAGCCUUCAUGGCACCAGAGGCCAUUUCAGACACUGGCAAAAGUUUCAGUGGAAAGGCGCUUGACGUGUGGGCCAUGGGAAUCACCCUGUACUGCUUUGUUUAUGGGAAGUGCCCUUUUAUAGAUGAAUAUAUUCUGGGUCUUCAUAACAGGAUCAAGAACAAACCUGUAGAGUUCCCAGAAGAAGCACAGAUAAGUGAAGAGCUCAAGGAGCUGAUCCUACGUAUGCUUGAUAAAAAUCCAGAAACAAGGAUAACCGUCCCUGAAAUUAAGGUGCAUCCGUGGCUAACCAAGGGUGGCGAGGAGCCGCUGCCGCUGGAGGAAGAGCACUGUUCUGUGGUGGAGGUAACGGAGGAGGAGGUGAAGAACUCGGUGAAGACAAUCCCGAGCUUGCCAGCUGUGAUCCUAGUGAAGGCCAUGCUCAGAAAACGCUCCUUUGGAAAUCCGUUCGAGGUUCAGACCAGGCGGGAGGAGCGGUCCAUGUCUGCCCCAGGGAACUUACUGAUGGACAGGCUCCUCUUAAACACAUCUGUAUAUUUGCAUCCGUCUUUAAGAAAACAAGGGAGCAGAGAAGGAGGCAGAGACCCGGAGCUGCCCGACGUGUGCGAAGAUGAAGCUACAUCCUGAAGCUGCCCAGCUCUUGCAGGCUGGUCGUUCACGUGCCGCUGCUGUUGUACCCAUCGUGGUGUUGCCUGGCACGCAUCUGCCCUCAUCGCCAAGUCUGGGGCCUGCAAAGUAAAGAAAAAACAUAUAUAUAUAUACCAAAAUGGACCAACCCAGCAAACCCAGAAGGAGGAACAGGGCAGCAGCGAGGAGAAGAGCGAGUCCUCGGCAGCGCGGCCGGCUCGGCCCCAGGGCGGCUGCGUUCCUCGUGCGAGGUGUCCGUGUGCUCCUGCCCCUGUGCCUUGCUCUCCACUUGUGCUUCACCUGUGGGCUUUGUAGUUGGGUGUCUUGGCCGAUGAAUGUGGUUUUAUUUGUAACGCAGCAAGCCAAACGGUGUCUCCUGGGUUGUUUCCCUCAGAGGCUUUUUCCUUGCUUUUUUGCGUUAUCCAUUUCAGUCAUCAGGAAACAAAAAUACAUCAGAUCCAGGCCUUAUAUUCAUAGGACAACUGUUUUAUGUAAUGCAUGGGUAAAGCACUUAUAUAUCCCAAGACACAUCCUGCUCCUAUUGGAGCUGACAGCAAAAUUUCUAUGGAAAUCAGUUAAAUGAGGAUGAGGUUCAUUCUGGAGUGAGCACUGUCACUCUCUAUGCCUUUUUUUUUUCUUUUAUUCCUCAGUUUUGCACGGUGUAAAUCCUGCCAGCAUCGACGGCUUUAGUCAGGGCAGCGUCAUAAAAUAGAACUACAUGAUGUUCCUUGUAAUGUGCAAUGAGGCUUUGAAUGUCGUAGAGCUCUGGAGUGUUGGGAUGUGCUGUUACACAGAAAGGCUCAGUGCACCAAGGACAUCUGCUCUUCCCAAACAUGGGGCUGCACCCAUCAGCUGUGCCUGCUCCUGUGUGUGUGGACAUAGCUCUCAAAGCUGAAAAGAAGUAGCAGGUUUGGGGUGUAUUUUAAUUAACAGUGAUUUCCUUUCCCUCACUCAUCUUUAAAAUGAUGUACCUGAUGCUUUUAAACUUCAAUUUCCUGACCCAAACUGGGGGAGUUUCCUCAGGUGGAAAAUGUUGGUGGAGGAUUUUUAGACUAAGGAAAGCUACAGGCUUUAAUUUUUAUUUUAAGGCUAAUUUUUACGCACAUGCUGAUGCUGCUAUUUUAUCCAUAGACUGCUUCUAAACUUGGGAUUUAGAAGCUUCAUCUCUACAGUUUUACAGCAGGUGAAAGAUUGCACUUAAAAGGACAAAUGCAGCUAUUUCAGUGGCUGUUGACUAUAUGGACUGUGUGUAUAAUCAGGAAUUUCACUCUUGCACUCAGAGACUAAAAACCAGUGACAUCAAUCUAUCAAAAUACAUGUCAAUAUUUUCUCUUGAGCUUUAUGGGGUCUGAACAUGCCCCUGGGAAGCCAAUGGGAUUGGAUUCUUAUUUUAUAGUACGUAAAUAAAGGACACUAUUAAAUUUGGUUCCUAUAUAAUCAUCUUACUGUCUUUUUUUAGAUUAAUCCUGAGGGCUUGGGACUUUGUCCCCUAGUUUUUCAUGCAAGGGAAUAUGUCUAUGAGGACUGCUGGUAGCGACUGGUGUGCUGGUGUUCCCAUUCUGGUUCCUGCCAUCUAUUUUGGUGAAUCCCAACAUUUUCCUAACUGGGCUUUGCUGCUGGUGCCUUCUGCUCCCCAUCCGCAUCCUUCAGCCUCCACUCAUUGGUCUGCAGCAAUCAGUGGGAUGCCCAGAAGCAGUCACCAGCCUGGGCUCUGCCCCACAUCUCACCUGUAAAUAUUGGCAAAUCAGGCAGUAAUAUUGCAGUUAAUGUAUUUAAUUAAGGAAACCUUUAAUUUUUAAAGCAGGCAAAGGGAUUGUAUCCUGUACAUGUUACAGCUCUGGGCUUUUGCUCUGCAUCACUCACAUCCAGAUGGUAAAAUGCUGCCUGUGUUUGUGUGCUCAGCAUCCUCCGAGAGCUUGUGCUUCUGCUUCAGGCACAUGCUUGGACCUGUUGCCUUGUGAUGAAGAUUUAAGCACCUGGUAGAAGGGAGUGAGGAUGGAGAUGGGGACUCAGCAAGCUUGAGAGCAUUGUGGGGGCUCUGCAAAUGUGGGAUGGGGAUGGUCUCUGGGUGCAAACUGGUCUGUGCUGGGGACCAAGUGCUGGGGUGUCACCAGGUCCUGCUGUGCAGCAAGGGCUGAGCUUAGACACUCUGGGGAAAGGGCAGGAGCAAACUGUCCUAUUUGUGGGGAAAAAUGGGCUUUCUCCAGCUGCUGUCCCCAGAACUGGCUGUGGUGGAGCUGUGCCAGCUGUGGGGUGCUGGGUGAGCCCCCAGUCUGCGCUAAGCGGUGAUCUGUGGACAGGGACACGUCUGGGGAAGUCACCUUAGCCCUGGGAGAAAAGGGAGUACCAGUAAUCCUCAUCCCCGUGGCCUUUGAAGGUCCCUUCCAACCCAAACUAUUCUGUGGUUCUGUGAUUCUUCUGAGCUCUAAGCAAUAUUUAGGUGGUGCUGAAAGAGCUCCAAGACUGUAAAUGUGGGGUUAUUUAUUGUAUUUUUAAUAUAUGGUACAAAUAAUUUAGGGAGGGAGAGACACUUGGCUAAUUCAGUGAGUUGUUGGGGUUAUUCUAGUAAUGCCUCAGGGGUGGGAACUGCAGGGCACGGCUGCUGAAUGCUGUUCUCAGCCUCAAUUAAUGUGACAACACAAAUGAUCAUUUACAAAUUAGCUCUAAGUCAUGUUCCUUUAGUGGUAGCUUGAGGUUCGCUUCAGUUUUGGAAGGCAAUGGGUAUUUUUUUAUGAUUAUCCCAAAACCUACUUUGAUAAAAGUUGUACUUUCUACUGAAAGAAAUCCUUCUGUGGGGGGACAGCUGGGAAACGUGGGGUCUCUGGCAAGCCCAGAAAAUCCCACUGAAGCUAAAUAGCUCUGCACAGCAUGGUGUGAUAGCUCAAGCUGCUUGUUUGGGGGCUCUAGGGAGAGCAGUUUGACAAAUGCCAGAGGGCAUUUGCUGCCCUGGAGAAAAUAUCCCUGGGGAAUGAAACACAGAAGGUGGGAGCAGCCGAUGGUCGGGCAACGGUGGGGUUGGCCACGGGAAAGCUGAUUUUGUGUACAUCUGAAUGGAACCUAGCAGGGGGGCGGUGUAGAUGCUCCACACAAAACAAACUGCAGGUCAGUGAAACGACUCCCAGGAUGGGGUUUAAUUCCUUAUUUAUUUCCAGACCCACAGGGAGGAGCUGGAGGGAGGAAUUUCACGUUCCUUCAGCACAUCUCUGUAUCCUGAAGCCGCCAGCAGCGCUGUGGCAGGGGCUGGAGGAGUCUUUUCCCCAUCUCUGUGGUGUGUGAGAAGCUGUUGCAUGACGGCAAGUUAUCCUUCAAUGGUGCAGCUAAUGCGAGAGAUGCAGAACAAAUGCAACAAGGGUUUUUAUCUCUGCGGUGUUGUCUCUAGGCAGCUUGGCUGUGUGAGUUAAAAGUCUCAUUUACGAUCCUGGGCAGCUUCAUCAGUGAUUUCCAGGUGUAAAGCCCAUGUCUGCGGUGUUUUGCUGGCUGCUGUGUAUUACUGUUCUGCUACAAUAAAAGAUGGUCCUUCUUCAGGACGGGUGAUCUCAGCUUUGUGUCAGAUGGUGAUGGCAGGAAGGGCUAUGGAGGGGAUGCGGAAUCUCGAUAAGGUUAAAGAUAUCAAAAGGAAGGAGGAUUGUGCUGCAGGAAUACUGGAGACUGGCAAGCAGAUAGUGCAAGUUUUGUGUGUAUCUAUAACUUUGGGUACCAAACUUCUCCACUUUACCAGGGCACAUUUAUGGUGUUGUUUGCUGAGUGAAGCAGUGAAAGGAAUCUCUUUCCUGGCCCAGAUGCUGCUACAAAAGACCAUGCUCUGAUCGGGUCCCUCCCAACUUGAAUUAACCUGAAUUACACCACAACUCUGUUACUCUGAAUGCAGCCUCCUGUGGGACCAGGGAUAGAAAGGAGCUCGAGAGCUGAUCGCUGCCUUUCACCUUCCCUUCCUGAAAAAGGCCAUUUACGCUCAGAGUCACUGCUGGCAGAUGCCCAGGUCCCCCGUCAGUAACCACAAGCCAUUGGUUAAAGCGUUCCAAAAAAACCCAGUGUAAAUUUAAAAAAAAAUUACAACUUUUGGGGAUAUAAUUCGGAUCCUCUGUGCCGUAAUUUUGUUGCUGUUUCUGAUUUAUAGGCCUGUUCUGUUAGUAUUUAAGUAUACUUGGUGUUAAAUAUAUGACUCUGUAUGUACUCUGCUAUAAUUCAAGCAUGAUGUAUAGGCACUCAGUACUGUAAUGGCACAUGGCCGUUACACUGUAAAUAUGUACCAUGAAUAGAGAGGCUAUUUUUUGCAUGUUUUGUACUCUGGAACUGAAGAGAAAAUGGCAAUAAAGUCCACGGAAACGAC